AUGAGUUCCCUAAAGUAUAUCGAGAAUAGCAUUAAUUCAAAUAUUAGAGUGGAUGGGAGAACGUUACUUACAUAUAGAACCAUCGAAAUAAACAAAAAUAUUUUAGUUUCAGCAGAUGGUAGCAGUAGUGUUAUGAACGAAGAAAACAACGUAAUCUGUGGAAUUAAACUAUCACUAUUAACCCCGAAUUUGGACGCAGCAGAUGAAGGGUUUGUCAAUCUGCAGAUUGAUUGUCCAGCAUCUGUAGCUGCAAAUAGAAUAAAAAAAGAACAUUUACAAAUUAUGUCCUCAGUCAUUUAUGAUUUAUGCUUAAAAAAUACUAUUAAUAAAAAAAAACUCUGUAUUUUACCAUCAAAAUUUGUAUGGGGAGUUGAUAUAAGCGUUAUGGUUUUAAAUGCCGGAGGAGGAUUACUAGACAUUAUUAGUAUUGCUAUAUAUGUUGCUUUGAAUGAUACCUUUAUGCCAAUUGUUAAACCAAAAAAAAAAAUUGGUGAAUCGAACACAUUUCAUAAUACAAAGUGUACAGAAUAUGAAGUCGAAAUUGUUGAAAAUCAGAAAACAAAAUUUCCUUAUGAAAAUAUUCCCAUAUGUGUCUCCAUAGGAGAAAUAAACAACAAAUAUAUUUAUGAUAUGUCUAAAAUUGAGGAAGAAUUAGUUGAAAAUAUAUUCGUCGUUGCCAUUACUUCAAGUGGAAAAUGUGUGGCAUUUCACAAAUUAUAUGGUAUAUCUAUGGAAAUUGCUUCAAUACUAAAAAUGACAGAAAAUUCAUCAAAAAUUUCACAUUAUCUUUUUGAGAAAAUUCAUGAAUCUAUUGAUAAAAUACAAACAAGAAGUGUUCUUUUGUAA